AGUCUAAGAUCUCCGAAAAGAAGCUGGGAUCCUUCACUGCCUGAAAUUCUUGGUAACAAUGAACGUGUUCACUUUCACUACCGGAGAUUUUAUAAUAAAGCUGAAUUUUAAAGUGUCAACGACAUAGCUUUUACCCAAAAUGGAAGCUGACCUCGACACGUUACUUGACUCACACUUCUCCGAUUCCGACGACGAUUCCAACUCAAUCGUUCCUCACCGUACCAUCGAUGAAAUCCUCAACGAUUCCGAUGCAUCCACGUCAUCUUCUUCGCCUUCAUCCCCUCUCUCUUCUCAUCACCGUUCCGAUAACCGCCUUGCCCGGUCGAAUACCGUUCCGCAAGAAUUCGUGGAAUUGCUAGAGGAAAGAGAUGCUCUUUCAGAAGGACCGGCGGAAUCGUCGAAGACUAGUCCGUUCAAGCGGAUUGGUGAUCCGGUCUGGAGGGUUUCGUCAUCAUCUUCUUCGAAACAGCUUCCGACGCUGUUUGGUGGAGUGAAAUCCAAUGCGAAACCAGGGGCUGCGCUCGCGGCUGCGGCUGCGGCGUCGAGGUCGGUUCCGACUCCACAUGCGGCUGCUAUCAAGUCGAGGAGGGCGGUAAGUGGUGGGGUUCUUCAGAGGGUUGUAGGUAGUGAUGAUCAGGAUGUUAGCUCAUUGAAUGGGGAAUCGAUUGGGAUUAGCUCGAAAUCAAGCGUUUCAGGUGAAAAAUUAGAAAUUGAUGAUUAUACUAGUGAUAAUAAAAUGGGCGAUUUUCAAUCUGCUGAUGCCCAUCAAAAUAGUGAGGCUAAUGAGAGUAAAGAUAAGGAAAGUGAAGCUGAGAGAGUAAUUGAACGAAUUGACAGCUCUUCUAAGCUUGAUUUUGAUGACAGCUUGAAUAAAGAAGUUACAGUUUUGGGUUCGGGUGAAGUUUUAGAUAAUGAAAUUGACCCUGUUUCUGUGUCUGAGAAUUCUCUGGUUCUUGAUGCCAAUGAUUCAUAUGAAAAGAGUGUUUUGUCUUUGCCUAGCGUUGAUCAGGAGAGAAAUAUAAGUAAGGACUUGGAGAGGGUGGGUUUGGAAAGAAAGAACGUAGCAAGUGAUAUGCCCAGUUACGAAGAUGGUGAGGAAAAUGCUAGUGGUGGUGAUGAUAAAAGUUCAAUGAGUGAUAUUUCAGAGCUUGUAGAGGAGAGACUGGAGCAACUAGAGAGUGAGAUGAUGAGUAAAAGGGUGGAAAGCAAUGCACGUGCUACAAUGAAGCCGCUUGAACUGGCUGAGGAGCUUGAGAAGAAACAGGCUUCUACUGGUUUGCAUUGGGAGGAGGGUGCAGCUGCUCAACCCAUGAGGCUUGAAGGUGUUAGGAGGGGUUCAACCACGUUGGGAUACUUUGAUGUUGAUGCUAGCAAUAUAAUCACUCGGACUCUUUCAUCACAGGCAUUCAGGCGUGAUCAUGGCUCUCCUCAAGUUUUGGCAGUUCAUCUGAACUUCAUUGCCGUGGGAAUGACUAAAGGAGUCAUCAUCUUAGUCCCCAGUAAAUAUUCCACUCAUCAUGCCGACAGCAUGGAUCCUAAGAUGGUGAUACUUGGUUUGCAAGGGGAUCGGUCCCUUGCCCCUGUAACAUCCAUGUGCUUCAAUCAGCCAGGAGACCUUCUCUUAGCUGGCUAUGGUGAUGGCCAUGUCACAGUUUGGGAUGUUCAGAGGGCAUCAGCAACAAAAGUUAUUGCUGGAGAACAUAAUGCACCAGUGAUACAUACAUUAUUUCUGGGGCAGGAUUCUCAAGUUACUCGCCAGUUUAAAGCCGUUACAGGUGAUAGUAAAGGCUUGGUGCUGUUACAUGCUUUCUCAGUUGUUCCCUUGCUUAAUAGGUUCUCAAUCAAAACACAGUGUCUUCUUGAUGGACAAAAAACGGGCACCGUAUUGUCAGCUUCCCCACUUCUUUUUGACGGUUCAUGUGGGAGCACUUCAGUGACCUUUCAAGGGAAUGCUACUUCUACUAGCAGUAUUGGUAGCAAGAUGGGAGGUGUAGUUGGGGGAGAUGCAGGUUGGAAACUCUUCGCUGAAGGCUCUUCUAUGGCUGAAGAAGGUGUGGUCAUAUUUGUCACCUAUCAAACUGCUCUGGUGGUAAGGCUUACUCCAACAUUAGAAGUCUAUGCGCAACUUUCUAGGCCGGAUGGUGUGCGGGAGGGUUCCAUGCCAUACACUGCAUGGACAUGUAUGGCGCAGCCUUGUGGAUCUUCAUCAGAAAAUUCACCGACAGAAACAGCAGAGAGAACUUCGCUUCUUGCACUUGCAUGGGAUCGGAAAGUUCAGGUUGCAAAAUUGGUUAAAUCAGACCUAAAAGUAUAUGGGAAAUGGUCUCUUGACAGUUCAGCCAUUGCUUUGGCUUGGUUGGAUGAUCAGAUGAUGGUGGUUCUUACAAUGACAGGAAAACUCAACUUGUUUGCUAGGGAUGGAACCCUGAUUCACCAAACAAGUUUUGCUGUAGAUGGCUUGGGAGGAGAUGAUCUCAUUACAUAUCAUACUCACUUUGUUAAUAUCUUUGGAAACCCUGAAAAAGCUUAUCAUAAUUGUGUAUCUGUAAGAGGAGCAUCUGUAUAUAUACUAGGACCUAUGCAUCUUACUGUCUGCCGUCUCCUUCCAUGGAAGGAACGAAUUCAGGUUCUACGGAAAGCCGGUGACUGGAUGGGAGCUUUGAACAUGGCAAUGACACUUUAUGAUGGUCAAGCCCAUGGUGUUAUUGACCUUCCUAGAAACCUGGAUGCGGUGCAGGAGACCAUAAUGCCCUAUCUUGUAGAGUUGCUUUUGUCGUAUGUGGAUGAAGUGUUUUCCUAUAUUUCUGUGGCAUUAGGUAACCAAAUUGGUAAGGUGGAGCAGCCAGAUGACCGGGAAAGUAGAAAUGGUUCCGUGCACUCAGAAAUAAAAGAGCAAUUCACCCGUGUUGGUGGUGUUGCUGUUGAAUUUUGUGUCCAUAUCAGGAGGACUGACAUUCUUUUUGAUGAAAUUUUCUCCAAAUUCGUGGCUGUUCAGCAAAGAGAUACAUUUUUAGAGCUUCUGGAGCCAUACAUAUUGAAGGACAUGCUUGGAUGUUUGCCUCCUGAGAUAAUGCAAGCGCUGGUAGAACAUUACAGCAGCAAAGGAUGGUUGCAGCGAGUUGAACAGUGUGUUCUCCACAUGGAUAUUUCGUCCUUGGACUUCAAUCAGGUUGUCAUUUUAUGUCGGGAGCAUGGUUUAUAUGGUGCUCUGGUGUAUCUUUUCAACAAAGGAUUAGAUGAUUUCAGGGCACCUUUAGAGGAGCUGUUAGUAGUUUUACGAAAUAGUCAAGGAGAAAUUGCUUCUGGCCUUGGGUACAGGAUGCUUGUUUACUUGAAGUACUGCUUUACAGGUCUUGCUUUUCCACCAGGCCAAGGGACUCUUCCACCAUCACGCUUGUUGUCUCUUAGGACUGAACUUCUGCAGUUUUUGUUAGAGGUUUCUGAUUGUCAGGAUAAAAAAUUAGCUUCAACUUCGGCUUUUGAAGGGGCAUACCUUAACCUGUAUUAUCUCUUAGAGUUGGAUACUGAGGCCACUUUAGAUGUUCUCAAAUGUGCUUUCAUAGAAGAGAAAUCCCCUGAACCGGACUCCUCUUUUUCUGAAUCUGGAGAUGCAAAUGAGGAAGCUAAAAAGGAGAAAGAUUUGAUGGCUGAAUCUGAAACAAUGUUGGUUCAGAAAACCAUUGGUGCUCUGGUUCAUGUUCUUGGUAAGAAUACCCUUCAAACAGAUGGGCUUGCAAGCUAUGAUGACUCUGAAUUUAUCGAAGCAUGGCCUACAAAAAAGGACAUGGGAUAUCUGUUUGAGUUUAUCGCAUGCUAUGUUGCAUGUGGAAGAGCUAAAAUCCCAAAAACUGUUCUAAAUCAGAUUUUGGAAUACUUGACUUCAGUAAAUGACAGUUCACAAAGUGUUUCUACCAUGAGUACUGAAAGAUCCAAAAGAAGAGAGAAGCAAUUACUGGCACUUUUGGAGGUAGUGCCAGAAACUGAUUGGGACCAAUCUUAUGUGCUACAGUUAUGUGAGAAUGCAUGCUUUUACCAGGUUUGCGCCUUAAUUCAUACCAUCAGACAUCAGUAUCUUGCUGCUCUCGACAGCUAUAUGAAAGAUGUGGAAGAGCCAAUUCAUGCCUUCGCAUUUAUCAACAACAUGUUAAUGCAGUUGAGCAAUGGAGAUUUUACUAUUUUCAGAUCAGCAGUCAUCUCUCGAAUUCCAGAGCUGGUUAAUUUAAGCAGAGAGUUGACAUUAUUCUUAAUUGUUGACCAUUUUAAAGAAGAAAGUUCUCAUAUCCUAUCUGAACUUAACUCUCAUCCAAAAAGCCUUUUCCUUUACUUAAAGACGGUCAUUGAGGUUCACUUAUCAGGCACCUUCAACUUCUCUUGUUUAAGAGAAGAAAAGAUUGUAGAUGUCUUGAGUGAAAAAAGGGGGAAAGAAUCAGAAAAAGUCCUUAAAGCCUACUUGGAAAAUUUGUCUAAUUUCCCCAAGUAUCUGCGACAUAAUCCUCUUCAUGUAACUGAUGGUAUGAUUGAGCUUUAUCUGGAGUUAUUAUGUCAGUUUGAACGGGAUUCAGUGCUCAAGUUCUUGGAAACUUUUGAUAGCUAUCGAGUUGAACACUGUCUCCGCCUGUGCCAGGAACAUGGAAUCAUAGAUGCAGCUGCAUUUUUAUUAGAAAGGGUUGGUGAUGUUGGUAGUGCUCUUUUGCUUACACUUUCUAGCCUUAAUGAUAAAUUUACAGAGCUUGAUACUGCCAUCGGAAAUGCGGUCUCUAAGGUGUCUUUGAGUAGAUCUGGUAGCAUGGAGUAUUUCAACUCUGUUUUGAAAAUGAAGGAGGUGAAUGACAUACGCAAUUUAUUGCAAGCCUGUAUUGAAUUAUGCCAACGGAAUACCCCUCGUUUGAAUCCAGAAGAGUCUGAGAUGCUUUGGUUUAGAUUACUUGACUCAUUUUGUGAACCUUUGAUGGGUUCGUACUGCAAUGAUAGGGUAUCUGAGAAGGAAAAUCAUGCGGGACUGGUUGGGUCAUUGGGCUCUCAAGAUGAAGAAGAAUGCAUAAUCAAGUGGAGGAUACCGAAAUCUCACAAAGGUGGUCAUAUAUUGAGGAAAUUGUUCUCUCAAUUCAUCAAAGAGAUUGUUGAGGGAAUGAUAGGAUAUGUUCGUCUUCCAACUAUUAUGUCAAAACUCCUAUCUGAUAAUGUCGGUCAGGAAUUUGGAGAUUUUAAGCUUACCAUAUUGGGAAUGCUCGGAACUUAUGGCUUUGAAAGAAGAAUUCUGGAUACUGCAAAAUCUUUGAUCGAGGAUGACACAUUUUACACAAUGAGCUUACUGAAGAAGGGAGCUUCUCAUGGAUAUGCACCUCGAAGUUUAUUAUGUUGUAUAUGCAACAGCCUUCUUACCAAGACCUCUUCUAGCUUUCGUGUUCGGGUUUUCAGUUGUGGUCACGCAACUCAUAUUCAAUGUGAGCUUCUGGAAAACGAGUCAUCAACUAGAGGCUUGUCGUCUGGAUGCCCUGUUUGUUUGCCCAAGAAAAACACUCACAAAUCUAGAAGUAAAUCUGCUUUUACAGAGAAUGGUUUAGUUAGUUCGUUGCCCUCAAGAUCCCAACCAGCACAAGGAUCAACAUUACACCCUCACGAAAACGACACACUAGAUAACUCUUACGGCCUUCAACAAAUAUCGCGGUUUGAAAUAUUAAGUAACCUUCAAAAAGACCAGAGAUUAGCCCAGAUAGAAAAUUUACCACAGUUGAGGCUUGCACCGCCGGCGAUUUAUCACGAAAAAGUGAAGAAAGGAAGUGGAGUAUUAGCAGCAGGGGAAAGCAGCAGUCAAGUAGGUGGAAUCCAAAAACCAAACAAAAACAAGCAACUCAAGGAUCUAAAAUUAAAGGGAUCAUCUCUCAGAUUCCCACUAAAAUCAAGUAUUUUUGGCAAGGAGAAAACAAGCAAACCAUAGGAGAGGAUUGGCACGGUAAAUUAUACUGUAGAUGAACUCACACACACAAAAAAAAAAAAAGAGAGUUAAUUUAAGAUGCAUGAUGAUUUUGAGGUUUUGAUUUUGUUAAAUCCGUGUUGGAAUAAAAUUUUCAUAGAAAUAUUCAUCA